AUUUAAUUAACCGCAGGUAAGAAUCAUUCAACACCUAUUUUGAUUAAAAUGAAAGAAUGUGCAAUUUAUUGAGAGCAGUUAGAUAACGCAUUAUUUGGUCUCAUUAAUAUGCUAGAUGAUCUGAUGUGUGAAAUUUGACGCAGGAUAAGACGUCGUGAAUUCAUAAGGUACUGAUGAUGGUUAACACUUUUUAGCUCGGAAGACAAUUCAUCCGUAAAUUUCGUAAAGAUUAUUGUCAUGAUUAUUCUAUGAUAGUCAUCAAUUUAUGCGUAACCCAUUGUGAUCGCCCGAUUACACCAAGGGUACUAUGAUGAUCAUGACUAUAGAAGGAAAAAGAGAUUCCAGCCUUUUCUCUAUCGCAGAGGUGACAAUCACAACCCAUGAACUGUCAACCUGUACGAGCCCUCUCUUUUCCUUUCCAGAGAGUUGCUAUGAGUCAUGUGGAUAAUAAGAGAAAGGUUUGAUGUCAAUAAUGGGUAUAAAUACCUAGCAAUGACUGAUAUUCGUCACUUAGGGAUCGGACAUGUUUUACCUGCUGGUCGUGAUCUUGGCCCCAUGCAGUUUCUUGUUUUGGUAGUCGUUUUAACAGGUGUAAUCCGAAUGUGCUUGAACAUGUGAGCAGAGAUGGGGCAAGUCUGUCCUAUUCUGACAACUAUUCUACUCCUCUACGCCUUUAACACGGUCGGUGAUAGUUUGGGGAUGGAGAUACUUGUGGAGGGUUUGAGCAGCAAUUAUUUUGAAACCACCAUCGUGCCUGUGAUCGACAUCGCCGUCGAACGCAUUAAUACCAUGGUGAAAAGGGGCGAGUAUAUGAAUUUUACCAUCGUUUUUCAUCAUUAUAGCUACACGUGUGAGCAUGUUUACCCAUCGCUCGGGGCUUCGCUAGCUGCAAAGUACUACCACACCAAAAAAGUGGCCGCUUUCAUGGGGCCGACUUGUAACUCGGCCAUGGAAAACGUGGCCAUACUGUGUUCCGCCUGGAACUUACCUGUCCUUUCGGGUAUGUCCCCUGGAUUCAUGCUAGGGGAUAAGGACAAAUUUCACACUCUGACGCGAACAUCGUCGCUGGCCGAACACUUCGCAAGAGCUGUGGAAUCCGCUAUGUACUAUUUCAACUGGCACAUGAUCAUCUGGAUCAACCAAUCAGAGGAGGGCUACUGGGGAGCUAUCACAGAAGGUCUGAGGGAUCAUCAUGCCCAACUUUUCAAGGAAGGUUUCGAUUUCGUGGAAAUUAAAAGCUGGGAGUUUGAUGACACCAAAGACAUUCUGGAACAUGCCAUGACGAAAGGAAGGGUCAUCUUCUUGGCAGUUGAUGGAGACACUUUACGUUCUAUCAUGCUCAAUGCGUACGAUUUGAACCUCCUUAACGGAAAAUAUGCUUUCAUUAACAUCAUCCCGUUCCGUGAUGUCGAUAUCUUCGGCAACGAUUCCUGGGAAAGGGGAGAUGGUCGCGAUGAUCAGGCAAAGCAAGCCUACGAAGCUCUGAUGACGAUUCGGGUAUUCGAACCAACCUCCUCUGUUUAUAAAGAUUUUGAGAAGGAGGUUAUUUUGAGACGAGAGAUGAACUAUAAUAUCACAAUGGAUCACGAUCAAAGCUCGCAUAUAUUUCUAGCGUCAGCAUUCUAUGACGUCAUGAUCCUGUACUCAUUAGCAAUCAACGAAACGUUAGCGGAAGGAGGAGACGUAUACGAUGGUCACGCCGUGACACAUAGGAUGUGGAAUAGAACAUUCGAAGGGCUAUAUGGACAGGUUGUGAUUAAUGAAAAUGGUGAUCGUGAUUCUGAAUACACCCUAUGGGAUAUGACAGAUACGGAAAAUGGUACUUUCGAGAUUGUUGGUAACUUUUACGUAACGGCGACGGGACUUCGCUACACUCCGACUCCUAACAGAACAAUUUUAUGGCCAGGGGGAGCCACGUCCCCUCCGCUGGAUAGCCCCUUCUGUGGAUUUUUCAAUGAGAACCCCGAAUGUCAAGAUAAAGGUAUCUCAUCGUUGGUUAUAGCAGGAAUCACAGGCCUUUCUGUCGUUCUAGUCGGGACUCUCAUAAUCUUCCUUGUCUACAGGAAGAUAAAGCUGGACACUGAGAUUCUUAGGAUGUCAUGGAAAAUAUCCUGGUCUGAUUUGAUUUUUCCGGAGCAAACCAAGUCGGGAAAUUCAAGAUUUUCAGGCUCAUUUGUUAGCGCACUGAGUGAGAGAGGUAACAUUGUGAAUAAUCCCAAACAAGUGUUUGCUACUAUUGCACACUACAAGGGCCGAUUAGUGAUGGUUAAACGAAUAGAGAAAACGAAGGUUGAUCUAACACGAGCCGAACUGAAGGACUUCAAUAACAUGCGGCAAGUCGAACAUAACAACCUAGCCCGGUUUGUAGGAGCCUGUGUGGAUAUCCCAAACGUCUGUGUUGUCAUAGAAUACUGCCCUAAAGGGAGUUUACAGGAUAUCUUAGGAAACGACAGUUUGAAGUUGGAUGCCAUGUUCAAGGAUUCAUUGAUUGUGGAUAUCAUUCGGGGACUUCAUUACCUCCACAACAGUGUUAUUGGAGUACAUGGGCGACUGACGUCAUCAAAUUGUGUGGUGGAUAGCCGGUUUGUCCUCAAGCUAACAGACUUUGGUCUUCCAAGAUUCCGCAAAUCGGACAUCGUUUCGCAUGAAGAUGAUGCGAUGAUAAAGAAACAAAAAUUGUUAUGGAAAGCACCAGAGGGGCUCCUCAAUCCUUCUGUUGAACCGACGCAGGAGGGUGAUAUAUACAGUGUUGGGAUCAUUCUGCAGGAGAUAGUUACUAGAAACCCGCCAUACGAAGAGGUUCGUCAGACGAUGGAUAUCGAUGAUAUUCUGAUGAAGAUCAAAGAAAAAAGUGAUCCUCCUUUCAGACCCAAGGUGGCGCCAAGCUCAUGCCGUCCAGAGAUACAUGCAGUGAUGACGUCAUGUUGGGAACAACAGCCUGAGAUGAGACCAUCCACUGCAUGGCUUCUAUCAACUAUGAAGAAACUGAACAAAAAUUUUUCUGGAGGUAGUAUAUUGGACAACCUGUUGAAUCGUAUGGAGCAGUAUGCCACUAACCUUGAAGCUCUUGUGGAGGAAAGGACGGCAGCAUUCCUAGAAGAAAAGAAAAGAUCAGAAACACUCCUCUAUGAGGUUUUACCAAGAUCUGUAGCAGAGCAACUAAAGCGAGGGGAGGCGGUCAAUCCUACAUCUUAUGAUAGUGUGACAAUCUACUUCAGUGAUAUAGUGGGUUUCACAACACUCUCAGCGGAUAGUACCCCGAUGCAGGUGGUAGCCCUUCUCAACGAUUUGUAUACAUGUUUUGAUGGAAUUAUUGGGCAUUACGAUGUUUACAAGGUAGAAACUAUAGGCGAUGCAUACAUGGUUGUCUCUGGUCUACCAAUAAGUAAUGGUAAGCUUCACGCCAGGGAGAUAGCUGCCAUGUCACUAGCUCUUAUUAGAGAGGUUUCAACAUUCAGAAUAUGCCAUAGACCAGAAGAAAAGCUCAAACUAAGAGUAGGCAUUCACUCAGGGCCUUGUGUUGCGGGUGUCGUAGGGUUGAAGAUGCCUCGAUACUGCCUAUUUGGAGAUACCGUCAACACUGCUUCGCGAAUGGAAUCUACAGGAGAACCAAUGAAGAUCCACGUCAGCGAAGAAACCAAGCAAAUUCUGGACGAGUUCAAGUGUUUUCAGACUACUCUCAGGGGAAAGGUCGAACUCAAGGGUAAAGGAUCGUAUCUCACCUACUGGCUUCUUUCUAUGGAUGCAUAACAAUACAUAGCUCACCUAGCCUUCAACUACAUGGCCUUCUGUAAUGAAAAAAAGAUUGAUGGUCACUAAUUUGUCACAUGCAGACGUUUCAAUCAUCAUUGGGACAUUACAUUGACACAAUCAGGACAACUUCAUACCUAUUCCCAUAUCGACGCUCAUACAUGAGGCAUUCACUUGAAUGGAUGAAUGGCAAAUACAGGACAGCUAUAGCUGUCCAUAUCCUGUCAAACAUAAAAUGGAACAGACAGGUACUUUCCUGACCAUUCUUUAUAAAAACGAACAAGUUCUUCUUGACCGAUGGACAUCGCAAAGAGGGUUGUGUCCACUGUGCUAGAUCAUCCUGAGACCACCCGCCUGCCCAGACGAACACAAAUAAAAUUACGUAAGAAAAUCUGACAGUGACAGCAAAGUGUGUGCAUCUCGAUGUUACCAUAGUGUUUUACAUAUACAAUAUGACGUCAUUCAUCCCAGUGUUACCACAGUGUGUAUCGUAGUGCUGUCACACAGUGCAUUGCAUUAAUUAUUCAAUUAGUGUUAAUACAUACUACAUCACACUGUUACAACAAUGUGUGUCAUGUGUAAUGCGUCUUUAUAAUGCCCCGUGGUUCAUGAUGUUUGCAUUUUCUAGAAAUGGGGUUAACACUGCGUCACUAUAUUUUGUCAAUCACCGUGUGAACCACCUAGUCCCCCACGUUCAGUGUAAACUAUAUUAUGUAUACGACAUGAAUUCCCAAUAACUCAAACUUUAUAUCGACUAUCAAUUCGAUCUUUUUGUUAUUUCGUUGUAACCAAUUAGAAUAAAUUGACGCUGGAAAGGGUGCUUGUAUUUAUGUAUAAAAUUCAUCAGAGCUACAUGCAUCUCUUUAUAAUGUCACCCAUUAUGCACAGAGAAGAUGUGGGGAAGCGUGCAAUAUUUAGUCAGAUAUGGGAAUUCUAUUUGACGCCAUUUACAAGCAGCUUUUACACACUUAACUAUGUUGGGCAACUUACUAUGCACACAACAAUUGGUUAAAACUUUAUCCAAUUCAGGGUAGCUUUAAACUAAUAAUAUGGGCUUUGGGUGAGAACUACACAGUAUGCCAUAUUGAUUGAAAACUACACUGAGUUGGAUAAAGUUUUAAACCAAUUGUUGUGUAACAUUUUAAGAGUGUAUCUUUUGAGAGCACUUUAGAGAUCCGCAAAAAACCCUCUUUCAGUUAUAGUGAGUUCUUCAAAUUUAUCAUGUCAUAGUUACGUCAAUUGAAAUUGUAUUCAUGCAAUCCUGAUAAGUAUUUUAGUUGGCGCUGCAGUGAUUUGUAUUUAAACAUACAACUUUUCACGUGACAAGCAUUUUUCAUAACAAACAAUUUUGUUUUUGUUCUUCAAGAAAACAUUGCACAAUUUUAUUGUACUUGAUAUGUGCAGUACUGUAAUGAUUGCGAAUGAUUAUAGAGCUGUAUGAAAUGAUAUUCUGGUAUUUCCUUUCGUUAUUCUAUAUCCUCUGCACAGAGUUGGUUGCAAGAACGCAUAUUUUAGACUUAGUUUAGACUAUUGGAAUCAAUCGUGGAAAGUCAUUAUGGAGAGGCGAGGUUUGAUAUCAGUUUUAUAUAUAUAUUUCAUAAACCAUGUAAACUGUAUGCUGUUGCCGAGAAACCAAACGUGAAGUUUGACGAAGAUUAACCAGAUACUGAAACAAGAGAUUUAGGCCAGAUAUACUGCAGUUUAUCAUGCUUUAAUUAAAGACCCGAUUGGCUAACAUGGUAAAAUACACAACAGUCAUGAAAAAAUAAAUGACAACUGUUUUGUUAACCUAUACAGAUGUACGGUAUAGUAGGGAUACAUGUAUGUCUAUAUCAUCAUUUAUGUAUAAUUAUGAAAAAUAGAUAUCGUUUUGAAACAGUUCCCUUCCCACUUCCUCGAUCCCCACCCCCAGCACAACAACAAUAGGUUCUGCUAUGAUAUAAAAAUGUUCUCUUAUAAACCAUUUUAACGCUUUUUCAAUAUAAAUUUAUAUGCAGAUUCCACCUUCUCUCUAGCAUACAGUACAUUAAACUAAUUGUGUACCUCUUGUAGUAAUGCAUACUGUUUUUCUAACUAUUAAUACCGUCGUUUCUGGCGACUAGUGUCUUGUAAAUAUUAUUUCAAUGGAAUAUAAAAAUGUUGCCUAAAACAUUAAUUUUGCAAUACAAAGUGUCAAAUUUGUGCAAUACAACUGCCAACCCAACAGAGUAUUGUGCAAAGGAGUUUUUAAGAAUUUAUUAUCAUUCUAAAUAUAUUGUAUGUAUAUACUGUUGAAUAUAUAUCGUAAAUUGUAGAAGGUACCUCAUUGUCUAUAAAUAACUAGUAUUUCAUUUGUAAUUUCUCACAUUUCUAUAGUUGUUUGCCUUCAUUGAUACAAAUUUGUGCCGUGUCCUUAUGUACUGUUUUAUACCAAAGUAUUAGGGAAUAUUUUUUCUGGAAAUACUUAACAACUUCUUCAUUAUACAGUUAUAGAUGUCAACAUUACUAUGCGAGCUUUCCUGAUUUUCCUUUUUUUCAUUUCUAAAGACAAUUCUUUAUGUCGGAUUCAAAUUUAUACGGACAAAAAUCCGGGAUUCCAAUUACGGCCACGGCACAUAUGCCCCUGAACAACAAUGCGUGUUUCCUAUAUUUAAAAAAUGCAAAUGCUAAAGGCAUAACAAAAAAAGACCCACAAACGGUCCAAAGAUAUUCAUUUUCAGCAACACAUUUUCCUAUGGGUGGUUAAAUGGUCCAUCCUUUCCACGGCGUGGAAGCGCCGUGUGUGUAGCGGUUGU